AUGACUCUUCUCCAUGGCGUCCAACUCGAAAAGUUCGACAAAACCAAGGUCGAUGCGUCCGAGGCUCUGGCCGGAAAGAUCGUUGGAUUCUACUUCUCGGCUCACUGGUGCCCACCGUGCCGCGCCUUCACUCCGAUCCUCAAGGUACAAACCUAUUCCCACAUUUAUUUUUCCCAUUUCUCAACUUUUAGGAUUUCUAUGGAGACGUCGACGAUGAUCUCGAGAUCGUCUUCGUCUCGCUCGAUCGCAGCGAGGCGGAUCUGAAGAGCUACAUGAAGGAGGCUCACGGAGACUGGUAUCAUAUCCCAUUCGGAUCGGACACCAUCAAGUAAGCGUGUGCUUUAAGAAAAACACUGUAGUACUUGUUCCAGGGAGCUCUCGACCAAGUAUGGAGUGUCCGGAAUUCCGGCUCUCAUCAUCGUCAAGCCGGACGGGACCGAGGUGACCAAGGACGGCCGCAACGACGUUCAGAACGGAAAGAGCCCGAAGGCGACCAUCGCCAAGUGGAAGGCCUAA